AUGUCAUUCACUAUUUUAGCAUCCAACGCAGCCUUUUUAGCUGCCUCAACUGGCAAACAGGCUAUUGUCAAGAGCUUUAUUGAAGAAUAUCCGACCUUUAAGGACAAUCCAAGUUUAUGGGGAACCACACUGCUUUACACAGCUGCGCUGAACGACCAGUUUGAGAUGGUUAAAUAUCUGGUAGAAAAAGCUCGUUGUGCAGUGAACGCUAGGAAUUGGCAUAACGGGAAUAUCGAUCGAUCACCAUCGGCUGUCAACACAAAAAAUCCAAUGCCCGGCGCGACUGCUCUUCAUGUUGCCUGUUCUAAUGAUCAUUUAGCAAUUGUCAAAUAUCUUGUCGCGGAAAAAAAUGCCGAUUAUUUUAUUAAGAACCAAGCAAAUAAAACACCAAUUGAAUAUGGUGAACAACACCCGAAUGUCAAACAAUUUUUUCAAGAUUAUCUAAUCGUUAGUUAUUCCAGUUCAUUAUCAACUAACCUACCACACAAACCUAUACUAGACGAAGAUCGACCACAACAAGAUUGUAUUUGGGAAUAUAAAUCAUUGCAAAAGCCUGAAUGGCACAAAUUUUCGUCCGAUGCAACUCAGAUAUUAGAUCAGGCACUCAUUUCGAUUAGAAAGUUUCAAGCUGAGGUUCAGUUAAGAACGCAAGAAAGCUUGUUUACUGUUUCAAUGACCAAAUUUCUUCGAUCAGACAAGACCGAUCCGGAUGCACAAGAAAAACAAGCAUGGAUCCGUUGUCGAGCUUCGAGUGUUCUCAAUUUUAACAUCGAUGCAAUCUGGCAGCUAAUGUUCAUACGAUAUCCUGAAGCGACGAAAAAACCCACAUCCUUAUUGAACAUUACUCAUAUGACCACGAUCUUCGAUAGUAAGUUCAACAUCGACCUCGAUAAAUGGUACACGUGCGACACAGGAACCAGUUUAUUGUUUAAUAAUUCAAUGAAUUUGCGUCGAAAGGUUAUUGCGACCGACAUCCCCCUUGGUAUGAAAGACGAACCUCUCCAUUUCAACUUACAUACAUUUACAUUCGCGAAUAACGACAAAACAGUGGUUGGAUAUUUACGAUGGAUCCCAAAGUUGAUUUCAAGCGAUGAGCGAAACAAGGGCAGAAUUCGCGAGAUUGAUAAUUUCCAGUCAACGAACAAUGUCAAACCAAUUCCGCUUACUACAGAGCGUUCGAUACAUGAAAGGACUGAUGACGAGGAGGAGUUUACGGAUGAAGAAGUAGAUACGCGUGAUUACGAUAAUGAUUUUGAUAAUGGUAAUGAAAAUGGUAAUCAUAACCGUAACCGUAAUCGUAAUCAUAAUCCUAAUGAAAAUGAUAAUUAUAGUGACAGUGAUAUUGAUAAUGACAAUGAUAAUAAUCGUAGUAAUGAUGAUGAAAAUGAUAAUAAUCGUAGUAAUGAUGAUGAAAAUGAUAAUCAUAAUCACAAUGAUAGUCACAAUCGUAAUCGUAAUCAUCAUCAUAAUGAAAAUGAUAAUGACAAUCAUGAUGAUACUGACAAUGACAAUAGUAACGAGAAUGCGAGCAUGGCCACAAAAAAGAAGGUAUGUUUGCCAAGUGAAAGUUUUGCUGCAUCCAAAAUAAGCAU